AGACGCAUAUCACGCCGUUACCCGCGCUGCGCUGGGAAACUGCGACCACGUCUUGGUCCACCUCAUCCCCUCUUACAGGCAGAGGGUCAAACUGGCUAGACCGGUUGUGAGGACGACCAAGAAGUGGAGCAGCGAGGCGGUGGAGGAUCUGCGUGAGUGCCUGGACUGCACGGACUGGGAGAUGUUUAGGACCGCCACUGACAGUCUGGACGAAUAUGCAGAGGCUGUGACGUCGUAUAUCAGCUUCUGUGAGGACAGCUGUAUACCGACGCGCACCAGGGUUCACUACAACAACGAGAAGCCCUGGUUCACAGCCAAACUCAAACAGCUUCGUUUGGUUAAGGAAGAGGCAUUUAGGAGUGGUGACAGGGUGGGCUUUAAAGAGGCUAAAUACGCGUUUGGCAAGGCGGUGAGGGAGGCCAAACGGCAGUAUUCAGAGAAACUACAAGAGCAGUUCUCAGCCAGUGACUCUGCCUCAGUCUGGAAAGGGCUGAGGCAGAUCACAAACUAUAAGCCCAAACCGUCCCACUCCACGAAUGACCUCCGACUGGCAAAUGAGCUGAAUGAGUUCUAUUGCAGAUUCGACAGACAAAGUGCCAGUCCUGACUACAUCUCCUCUCCCCCCAGCCAUCAGCCAUCAGCAGUUAACACUGUUAACACCAGCACCCCCCAGCUUUCUCCACAAGCACCGAGCCUGUGCACACCCCUCCCCCCCUUCACACCUCUGUCCAUCAAAGAGGGGGAGGUCAACAGGCUCUUCAAAGGACAAAACCCCCGCAAGGCAGCCGGCCCAGACGCUGUCUCACCUGCAACCCUGAAACACUGUGCAGACCAGUUGUCUCCAGUGUUUACAGGGGUUUUCAACACCUCCCUGGAAAACUGCAGGGUGCCGUCCUGCUUAAAAGCCUCCACCAUCAUCCCGGUCCCCAAGAAGCCAAGGAUCACAGGUCUUCAGGACUACAGACCCGUCGCUCUGACCUCUGUGAUAAUGAAGACCUUUGAACGCCUUGUGCUCCACCACCUAAAGACUAUCACCAACCCCCUGCUGGACCCACUGCAGUUCGCCUACAGAGCCAACAGGUCUGUAGACGACGCAAUGCCGCGUAAGAGAUCCUUUCGUCGUUCUGAGGCAGCGAAGCGGAACAGAGCGAAGCCUGUGACGGAGGAAUUCAUUGUGGCGAAUGGACCCCCACAGGAUGGCGAUAUUGGUGUUUGCGGCACUGGAUAUCGCCAUAGAGUGGGAAAAUGGCCAAUUUCCCCCUUUACUGGACGACAACACAAGCUGGUCAUUCCUCCUGAGUCUCCAGACAAGAAGUUUGUCCUUCUUGUUGGAUGCUCCCAUCUACGAGCCAUCGCAGACGGUUACGUGGAGAUGCCAGAGGGGCUUUCUUUUGGUGUGAUGUCGACGCCGGGUGCCCGUGCAGCUGAGUUGCGGACGGAGGUGCUGAAUGCUGUUGUCCCGCGAACACCUGAUGUCGUCUGUCUUUUGGCCCCCAGCAACGACCUCACAGCGAGCCGAACCAUCGACGAGGCAGGGGUCGAUUUCGGCAAGCUCCUGAGAAGUGUCCGCAGUCGAUGGCCUCAGGUGGUGGUGUUGGACUUCCCUCCGAGGUUGAACAUAGCUGUGGAUCUGCAGGACCACCUGAGGCAGGAGUAUCGUCGUGUGGCUGCACGUGCAGGUGUCAAGUACGUCCCUACUGCGGAGCAUUUUCCUCUGCACAACCGUAACCUGUGGUACCGAGACAACGUUCAUUUGAGUGACAGUGAGGGAAUGGAGGUCUUGGCGCAGCUGUUCUGGAUUGCUGCUUAUCUGCACCUGGAGACGACUGCGCCGCAGCCACAGGUUGCUCCGAAGACAUCACCGCCUGCCAGACGAUUCUCUCCAAGGGUGGUUGUGAAGGGAGAGGUCGCCGUGCCACGGCCGUGUCAAACCGACAAAGAAGGCUACACGACUGUUAGUUACAGCAGCAAGAGGCAGCGGUCUUGGGAACCUAAGCAGUCCCAUGGAGCAUCCAAGAGGAGGAUUGUUCAGCAACAGAAACCACCAGUGAAACAUCGGCAGAAGAAAGCAGCUUCUUCCAAGAGGAGACUGGCAGAGCCACAGCUGGACGCAGCCCCCUUGGUUGAGGACGUCUCUCCGAAAUCGAAACGUGCCAGGGCUGUGAUCGUGGAUGUGAUGUCAGAGGAUGAGGCCAUCGCACCGAAUGUGGAUGUCUCUCCACAGGCGUCACCUUCCAAGGCUGUGCCAGUGGUCGUGGAAGCAGAGUCCCCAAGAACUGCAAAAGGUCAGAGCGAUGCACCUAUUAAUGCUUGCAUGUGUUUAGCAAAAUUGCAGUCGCCUAUUGUUGCUGGGACUGAUGUCAGAGCACCCUUCAUCCACGGUAAUGUGGAUGAAGGGCUAGCAUGUAGUGUUGUGGCUGCGAUCAAACAUGCGAUUGCUCCUGUGUGUACAUGGAAAGGGAAAGAUGUUGAUAGCAUCGUUGUAGAAGGGAGCAAAAUAGCAAAGUCAAUGCAGCAAAGUAAUUCUACGACACAAAACUUGGUCAAGUUGACAAAACAGCAUGGUGUGUUUGGCAAUAACUGGGAGGUUAAUAUUGGGCUUCCAAAGUACAGUGAAACAGGGCUGAUAGAUGAGCAAAUGGUGAUGCGCGAAACUAUGGCAGAACAUUUCAAGAGAGAUGGAAUGUGUCUGUUGAACCUCCAUGGUGCAUUUAGUACCAUAAUUCAGCACAACGAUUAUUACGUGGUAGUUGAUUGUGGCAUGCGUGAUGUGUCUGGGUUGGCAUCCAAUAUUGGCAGGUCUGUGGCUGUUUUCAACACAUGCCUUGGUGACCUGAUGUUUCACAUCACAAAUCUAAAGAACUCUUUAGAUGCAAAGUGGUAUAGCAUUAGGAGCCUUUCUUUAAAAGACAGUGAUACUAAUAUUGAAGUUGCUGCUGAGGUUGAGGUUAGCCAAUCUGUUAGGCGUAAAAAGAGUGUAAAAGGAUCCUUUCACCAGGGGGAUGCAAUGUUUACAUAUGCUGGGGUUCAGUGUAUGGCAAUUGGUUUGGUAAGCCUAGCAAAACAUACAGUUGAUAGUGUCUUCUCAUGGCAGACAAAAGAUCUGGACUCAGCUCUACUCUUAGGUGACCAUUUAUACACAGGUUUGCGAAACAGCAAGAAGAUCAAAGACUCGUUGUUAUUAGUUGAUGAUUUGCCUAAACAGGCAGAUAUUGAUGGACAGAAUUUUCAGUUCCAUUAUGGUUCGGACUUUGUCAAUGGCAUUGUAGGUGUGGUUGAAGGUGAAUAUGUUGAACAAGGUAUUAUCACCUCCCUACUAAGCGGACUGGAAAAGAUGUGUACGCAGUACAGCACGUCUUUGACACUGUGUGACAGUACCUGUGCUAUCAUUUCUCAAAAUGGACAUUACGCAGUAGUUGACUCCCAUGCACGCAGUGCUGAUGGCAUGGUUGAUGGGAACGGAAGUAGUGUUGUUGUUCCUAUUUGUGAACUUGUGUCUCAAGCUUUGUGCAAACAACUAAAGGUGGAGUUUGCAAAACCAAACGAAAUAGUAUCUACACGUGUUUGUAGGUUAGGUUUCCCAUGCAAAAAUGAGAAGAUACUAGCUGACGGUAAUUGUUUCUUCAGAGCCAUCUCUCAAGCUGUGAGUGGUACACAAAAUAAUCAUCUCGCAAUUCGACGGGCUGUUGUUAAACAGUUACAAAUGUUUGCUGUAAAAUAUCAAAAUAUUUUGAGAAGUGAGUAUUCCUCCAUUUCAGAAUACUUAAACCAUUCAAAAAUGCGAUAUAUUCACACCUGGGCUACAGAAGUAGAAAUUCAAGCAACAGCGGAUUAUUUAGGAUUAAAUAUAUUUACGUUUUAUGGUGGUCAAUGGCUAAAAUAUAGUUGCACAAGUACACUUCUUUCUGAGCAAAGCAUCUACCUAGAAAAUUGUUAUGGUAACCAUUAUGAGCCUGUUCUUUGUGUCUAUCAACCUGAUGAGCAAAGUUGUUAUGGCUUCUGCAAAAUCAGUGGUUUAGAUUCAAAACAAAAAAAAAUAGCACAAAGUCAAAUGAAAUACAAACACAAUCAGUUGCACUGUGAGAAUGCUAAAACUAUGAGUAAAAGAAAGUACCAUGAAAAUCCCGAACACAAGGCACGUGUAAUAGCAGCUAAUAAGUUAAAGAGGCAAAACAAGGAAGAAAACGCUAAGCUCUUUGACUUUGUAAUGAAACAGUUUUUGUCAAAAGUACAAAAUGGCCCAAAUUUUGUGUGCUGUGUCUGCCAUAGAUUAAUGUUUGAACAUCAAGUUGUACUUUGUAAAAAAGAUGCGUAUAAAAAGAAAAGCAAAAUAGCACUUAUAGCAGAUAAAUGCAUUAAUUAUGAUUAUGUACACACAUGUAAUAAUGACUGUGUGUCACCCUGCCAAAUUUUGGAUAAAGCUAGAGGUCAACUGUGGAUAUGCUUCACUUGUCAUUUUAAACUUAAAAAAGGUGAGGUACCAGCUCAAUGUAUAGUUAACAAUUUGACAUUAGAUCCCAUUCCAACAGAAUUAGGAUGUUUAAAUAAUUUAGAACAACAUCUAAUAGCAUUACAUAUACCGUUUAUGAAAAUGUUGGCUCUACCCAAAGGUGGACAAAAUGGUGUACAUGGACCAGUAACAUGUGUUCCAGCAAACAUAGUGCAAACCACUAAAUUACUGCCUAAAUCAAAUAUGGAAGGAUCUCUAUUGCCUAUAAAAUUAAAACGCAAGCUAACAUAUAAAGGACAUUAUGAGUACAAAUUUGUUGAAACUAUGCAUGUACGGCGAGCCUUAAAUUAUUUGCAACAAACAAACAUUCACUAUAAAGAAGUGAAAUUUAAUGAAGUUUGGUUAAAUGAGUUUUGUCAGCAACAUGAUAAUGACAUAAAAGACCAUGAUUUAAAUAUAGAAACAACUACAACCUCUGCAGAUACUAAUGAAGAUGAGCUGUUACAUGAUAGACAACAGCAUGGUAUGUUUCAAGAUACAUGUCUUAUGCCUGUUGAUAUUGGUCAGGAAAUACUAGAUCAACAUUUUGAUAAGAUAUUAAAUCUGGCUCCAGCAGAAGGAAAUAACCCUGUAAAACUGCUUACAGAUCAUUCAAACGAAGCCAAAUGCUUUCCAGUUUUGUUUCCACAAGGAAACAAUACAUAUCACAAAAACAGAGAGACAAAAUUGACAUUAUCACGUUAUUUAAAUGCCAGAAUUUUACAUGCAGAUGGCAGGUUUGCCCAAAAUGUUGAGUACAUUUUUUAUGCUCAGUACAUGUCAGAAGUUCAACAAGUUAUAUCAAGUGUGUCCAUAGCUUUACGGAAGGGCAAAGGAGGUGUUGCCUCACAAAAAGUAUUUGAAGAUCUCCUAAAAGAUGAAGACUCGUUGAAAAAAGUAUUACAGUUUGAUGAUGGGUAUCGAUUCCUUCGACCUAUCCGUGGUACUCCAGCGUUUUGGCAGGGAGCACAACGUGAUUUAGUGGCAUGUGUUCGACAAAUAGGUAUCCCAACUUGGUUUUGCUCAUUUUCAUCUGCCGAUAUGCGAUGGACAAAUCUAUUACAUAGUAUUUUAAAACAACAGGGUAGAACACAAACAAUAGAAGAUUUAGAAUGGGCAGACAAGUGUGAACUCUUGCGCUGUAAUCCUGUUACUGCAGCAAGAAUGUUUGAUUAUCGUUGGCAUGUCUUUUUGAACGAAGUACUGAAAUCCCCAUUUAAUCCAAUAGGAAAAAUAAAAGAUUAUUUUUAUCGUGUUGAAUUUCAACAACGCGGUUCACCUCAUGUGCAUUGCUUGUUUUGGAUCGAGAACGCACCUCAGAUUGAUAAAAACACAGAUGAAGAGGUGGUUCAGUUUAUUGACAAAUAUGUCACAUGUGAAUUACCGUCACAUGAUGACUCAUUAUUGGACAUAGUGACAUCUGUGCAGCAACAUUCCAAAAGACAUGCCAAAACAUGUAGAAAAAAGAAUACCGUUUGUCGUUUUAAUUUUCCUAGACCACCAUCAAACCGCACAUUCAUAUGUCGCAGUAAAAGUGAAAAUGAUUGCCAAAAAACAUGCGUCUGCGAUAUAUCUAAUUCCAGUAACUUGACACAAUGUGAGUGUGCAAAUAAAAAGCAGGAAGCAUCCAAACAAAAAAGGGAUAAGGCAAAAGAAAUCAUGUCAAAAGUAAAAGCUGCUCUUUCAGAUGAGACCAUGAAGUAUGAUUCUGUGAAUCAUUUACUUGAAAGUUUAGGUUUAAAUCAGGAUAUUUUUGAAGCUGCCUAUAAAUGUGUGGGAAAAAAUACACAUGUUGUGUUGAAGAGACAAGUCGAUGAAGUUUGGAUCAAUCAAUAUAACAGUUCACUAUUAAAAUGUUGGAAUGCAAAUUUGGACAUACAGUAUGUUGUUGAUGCAUACGCAUGCAUAGUGUAUAUUAUUUCAUACAUUUCAAAGGCAGAAAGAGAAAUCGGACUGUUGUUAGGAAAUGCCCAAAAAGAAGCUUCCAAAGAAGGAAAUAUGGAUGCCAAAGAUGCACUAAAGAAACUGGGGAGUGUUUACUUGCACAACAGGGAUGUUUGUGCUCAAGAGGCAGUCUAUAGAAUAAUAAAUAUGCAUCUUAAAGAAUGCUCUAGAAAGGUUGUAUUUGUCCCAACGGGGGAUAAUGUAGUUAGAAUGAGUUUGCCUUUAAGUGUUUUAAGACAAAGGGCUAAAUCACAAGAUCUAACAACUGGUGAUAUGUGGAUGACCAGUACAAUCGAACGCUAUAAAAAUAGACCAAAAGAUGCAGGUUUUAAUAACAUGUGUUUGGCAACAUUUGCAUCUGAGUACAGAGUUUUGACCAAAAAUGAAAAUGCAAAAAACAAAAUAAGCUUAAACAACAAUUUGGGAUACGUAACCAAAAGAACAAGAUCGCAAGCUGCAGUUAUACGUUACGCACGUUUUUCUGAGACAAAGUGUCCAGAAAAGUUUUAUCAAAGUAUACUUCAGUUAUUUUUACCAUAUCGAGUAGACAUCCAGCUAAAACCACCAAGAUUUGAAACAUUUGAAGAGUUUUAUAUGAAUGGUACAAUCCAACUUUGUGAUGGCUCAAAGCAUUUAGUCAGAUCAGUCGUUGACAGGAAUAGGAGUGUCUUUGAAGUGGAUGCAGAUGUGUUAGAGAGUGUUCAAAACUCUAUUGAAGAUCAUGGUGUUUUGGAGGAUGCCUGGUCUCAGCUAUGUCCUGAACAAGAGCUGGAGCGAUUAGAAUGCGAAGAACUUAAACAACAGCAACAGGGAGAUGAAGAACACAUAGAAAAUAUCCCGGAUUUAGCAGUGAGUAAGCAACAAAAUGCACAUUUAGAAAAAAAUAACAACAUUCUGUGUAGAAAUGAAGGUUUAGCAUUGAUUCGAUCAUUGAAUGACACACAAAUGUCGAUAUUUUAUCAGAUAAGGCAAUGGUGUUUAAACAAAGUCGCAGGGAACAAUCCCGAUCCAUUUCACGUUUUCAUCACAGGUGGUGCAGGGACAGGCAAGAGUCAUUUAAUUAAGGCUAUCCAAUAUGAAGCAAUGCGUUUACUGUCAACAACUUGUCAACGUCCUGACGACACCAGUGUAUUAUUAACUGCUCCAACUGGAAUUGCCGCAUACAAUUUAAAUGCAGCAACCAUUCACCAUACAUUUAGCAUCGGAACUAAUGUUCAGUUACCUUACACACCAUUAGGUGAAGAGAAACUGAAUACUUUACGAGCAAAAUAUAGUUCUCUACAAAUUGUAAUAGUUGAUGAGAUAUCCAUGGUAGACAACAAACUAUUCACAUAUAUUCAUGGUAGAUUGCGUCAAAUCAAACAGACAAGUGACUUCUCCCCAUUUGGAAAAGUUUGUAUAAUUGCUGUUGGUGAUUUCUUCCAGUUGCCUCCAGUGAAAGGGAAACCACUCUAUAUAGAUGAUGUAUCUGUUAACUUGUGGUCCAAUCUGUUUAAGGUUGUGGAGUUAAAAACUAUUGUAAGACAAAAAGAUCAAGUUUUUGCACAGUUAUUAAACCGUUUAAGAACCCGCUCAAAAAAUGACCCAAUGUUGACCAGUGACAUACAAAUCUUAAAACAAUGUGAAACAGGUGAAGAUAGCUCAGCUUUACACAUUUUUCCCACAAAUAAACAGGUAAAUGAGCACAAUGUAAAGCACUUAUUUAAAACUUGCCCUGAAUACAUUGAAAUAGAUGCUCAGGAUUAUGAAAAAAAUAAAAAUACUGGCAAACGUGAGUUGAAGAAAAAACAUCAUGCUAAAGUUUAUAAUUCAUGUUUAACUGAAAAGCUACUUUUGGGGAAAAAUGCUAGAGUAAUGCUGACAAAAAAUGUGGAUGUUAUGGAUGGUCUUGUUAAUGGCGUAUGUGGCACAGUAACCGAUAUAAUUAGUUCAAGUAAUGAUAAAUUUCCACAAAUAGUCUAUGUUGAAUUUGAUGAUAAAAACGUUGGCACACAACGUAGAAAACAAAGUGCCCAUGCCUCAACACAAUCCGUGACCUCCACAGCUAUCAAGCCAGAAGAAGAUACAGUCUCUAGUAAUGGUGGAUUGAGGCGACAAUUUCCGUUAAAACUGGCUUGGGCGUGUACAGUACAUAAGGUACAGGGUAUAACGGUAGAUACAGCUGUGGUUUCCCUUAAGAGAAUUUUUGCUGCUGGACAAGCAUAUGUAGCACUGAGUCGUGUAAGAGAUCUAUCAGGGUUAGUGAUUCAAGAUUUUGAUGACAAAGUCAUUUAUUGUAAGGAGAACAUUCAACAUGCAAUUCAACGCAUGCCACCGUUUUUAUCAGAAAAUAUGGCACAACCCAAAUUGACUGCACAAACUUUUAAUGUGCUUUUGAUGAACGUGCAAAGCUUGACUCGCCAUCUGGCAGAUUUAACAGUCUGUACACAGCAUUUGCACCUUAACUGUAUUGCUGUUACAGAAACAUGGCUACCUGCUGCUCCCUCUGCCCAAACAGUCAACAUUGAUGGUUUUAGAUUUCAAAGUUGUCCUCGAAGCCUGUCAUACAGUAGCAACGAUCAGGCAUUGAUUGUGUUGCAAGGCCAACUACAUGGUGGUGUUGGCAUGUAUAUUGCAGACAAUUUGACAGACAACAUUGUGAACCUACCACAUAUCAAUUUAGAAUGUUUGGUAUACAACUGUGUUACAUACAACAUACUAAUAGCAGUCAUUUAUCGUCCGCCAUCAUACCCACUGUCUUUGUUUAAAACAAAUCUAACCAGACUACUUGACUUGCUAGAUCCAAUAAGUGACACAAUUGCUGUAAUGGGAGAUUUUAAUGAUGACAUUUUGAAAGUCUCAACAAUUUGUAAAUUUAUGACAAACAAAGGCUAUGUUCAACUAGUCUCGCAACCCACGACUGAAAAAGGCACAUUAAUUGACCAUGUGUAUGUUAAAACCAUACAGUAUAACAUUGAAACUACAGUGUUGCCAACCUAUUUCAGUGACCAUGAGGGAAUCGUAUGUUCUUUUACACAUAAAACUGUUCAUGAUGAAAAUACACAUUAA